GCAAGCGACAUGGAGUCCCGGACCGCGGACGGCUGCUUCCUGGGCGAUGUGGGUUGCCUUUCAAUCUGUUGAUCGUGCCCUUAGAUGUGCACAAGCUUCUUUUCUCUGCUUUGUUAUCACAUCUGCUGCUUCUGAUCUCUGCCCUCCAUCGCUGCUGCUGGUUACCAGUUUCUGGGUGGAGCGCACUCCUGUGCAUGAAGCCGCCCAUCGAGGUGAGGCCCUGGAGUUGCAGCAGCUGAUCGAGAACGGCGCCUGUGUCAACCAGGUCACAGUGGACUCCAUUACACCCUUGCACACAGCCAGUCUGCAGGGCCAGGCACAGUGUGUGCAGCUGCUGCUGGCUGCGGGGGCCCAGGUGGAUGCCCGGAACAUUGAUGGCAGUACCCCUCUCUGUGAUGCCUGUGCCUCAGGCAGCAUUGAGUGUGUGAAGCUAUUGCUCUCCUAUGGGGCCAAGGUCAACCCACCCCUGUAUACAGCCUCCCCGCUGCACGAGGCCUGCAUGAGCGGAAGUUCUGAAUGUGUGAGGCUUCUAAUUGACGUUGGGGCCAAUUUGGAAGCACAUGAUUGCCAUUUUGGAACCCCUCUGCAUGUUGCUUGUGCCCGGGAGCAUCUGGACUGUGUCAAAGUGCUGCUCAAUGCAGGGGCCAAUGUGAAUGCAGCAAAACUUCAUGAGACAGCAUUACAUCAUGCAGCCAAGGUGAAGAAUGUGGACCUCAUUGAGAUGCUGAUUGAGUUUGGAGGCAACAUCUAUGCACGGGACAACCGGGGGAAGAAGCCCUCAGACUAUACGUGGAGUAGCAGUGCACCUGCCAAGUGCUUUGAGCACUACGAAAAGACGCCUCUAACCCUGUCACAACUCUGCAGAGUGAGCUUGAGGAGGGCUGCUGGUGUCAGAGGGCUGGAGAAAAUCGCCAAGCUGAACAUCCCUUCCCGGCUCAUCGAUUACCUUUCCUACAACUGAGCUGCAGGCCCGGGAGGCGGGAGCAGGCUGAUGGCACCCUGGCUGCUGGACUUGCUGAGCCCAGCGUUGUCUGUCUGAAGCCCUCAGUUGCUAUAGAUAGAACAACGUUCCCCAAGUCCCUGUUGGCCAUUCUGUUUCGUCUUCUCUGUAGACUCCUGGAGAAUAUUUCCAAGGCACUGGGAAGGCCCUGCCUCAGCUUCUCCCAGAACUUUGCUCUAACUUUGGUGUUCCCAGCCAUCCAGCUAUCCUCUUUCACUGACUUUCCUCAGAAGGACUCUUGGGAGACUCUUCUGGAAGCACAGGGAAGGCCAGGCAGGACUGGGGUCCAGGGUCGUGCUGUCGAUUUCCACAUGCCUGGGACGUCCAGGAAUGUGGUGCCAUCUCUGACUCAUUCAGCAGUAGGCAGCCCUGGAGGUUCAAAGGGAGGAGCCUGAGCUACAGAGGGUGGGCUUGUGGGAGGUAAAGUACUGACCAUGUGACCUGGGUUGGCUGCACUGGUGACAUCCUCCACUUGGAUGCUUUUUUCUGAAGCACUUUCCAAGGCCCACCUGCACCCAGGUGUACCCAUCACUCAGGGACUUUGUACGGGUUUUAUGGGGGAAGGCUCAGGGUCUUCAUUCCCUACAACCAGCGCAGUGUUUCAUAGGAAGUUUUUCUUCAGUUUUAGGUCUCGACUUAAAAAGUUUAUGUGAGGGAUAAAAACACUUUCAGAAGAUAUAUAGGCUGUAACAUAGGUUUUGUUAAUGGAUCUUU